AUGGCGGACACUGUCGAAGAGAAGAAGCAGUCCAUUGAGGGCGAGGGCCAGGCUGACGCCAAUGCCUCUAUUGGAGGAUCUGGCAAGGCCGAAUCAUCGAGCAAGAAACAACGAUCCAACGGCAAUGCCGAUGCCGACGAUUCAGAACCCGAAGCUCAGCCUCAGAAGUCAAAAUCGCAAUCGAGGCGUCGCCAGUCUCGAGGCCGUGGACGACGAGGCGGAGAUUCCGAGGACACUGAUGCACGAUCCGAUGUCUCCCAGUCUGGAGGUCGCCGCAACCGCCAGCGCCAGAAGAAGGGCGGAAAGGGAGGAGGUCCCCUCGAUGACAUUACCGAGAACGUCCCUGGAGGUGAGCUUGUUGGUGGUGCUGGCGACAUGGUCCAGGACACCGCAGGCAAAGCCGUUGGCCAGGUCGGCGACACCGCUGGAAAGGCUCUUGGAGGUCUGACCGGCGGAGGCGGCGAGGACGAGGGUGGUGACGGCAAGGGCGAGCAGCUGCGUCUGCGACUGGAGCUCAACCUCGACAUUGAGAUUCAGUUGAAGGCUAAGAUCCACGGUGAUCUUACGCUUGGUCUGCUGUAA